GAGUGAUAAAGACAUUGCUGGUUCCAAGAAGUGCCUCCACAGCCAUACUCCUUUGUGGUGCCCUAGGGUAUCACACUCAGUGGAGCUGUGGACCAAGGAGGCAGUGACAGCCCCUCACUGCCCUCGAUAUGUUGUCUGCUAUCACCAACCUCCUCCUUGGAUGCUGGGUGGCCAAGGAAAGUGGAGUGUUUAGAGAGCUCCCGGCACCCAAAAUCUCCAUCUCUGUGAACCCCAGCAAGGUGAUAACUCUGGGAGGAAAUGCCACCAUCCGGUGUGAAUGUCAGUGUGCAAGAAAAAAGUUAAUUCUUUGUAAGAAUGAUAUCCCACUCCGGGAGCUGUGGUUUAUGAAUAAGAAUGAAUUCAACAUCGGCAAUGCUGACCUGGGGGACGGAGGGGACUAUAGCUGUCAAUAUUGGCCUAAAACUAAACAAGGAACCCUGGUGAAAAGUGAGCACUUGAAGAUCUUUGUGGCAGACCCCAGGUACCCGAUACCCAGCAUCAAUUUGAGUCCAAAAAGGAAGCUCACCAUAGGGGAAAACGUGACCAUCCAGUGCCUGGGUGGGUCCCAGGAUGUGGAGUUUUUCCUCUACAAGGAUGGAAACAUGACCCUGCUUCAACCCAUGGCGUCAGCUGGGAACAUGACUGAGCUGUUUAUCAGGAGCGUGCAGCAAGCAGAUGGAGGGAGAUACCAGUGCUUUUAUCAAAAGAAAUCAGAACCAUUUGUCUGUUCAUAUCACAGUUAUCCCAUGCAGCUGGUGGUGAUAGAUUACACCAACGGUAACAUCUUCCGACUGACCCUGAGCGUUUUGAUCCUGCUUUUCCUGGUACUGAUCAUAGCUGAGGCCGUGUACAGCUGGUAGAGGGGAGGGCUGUAUCCAAGCUCACAUCUGUCUAUAAGCACCUACUCACCCAGACCCUGCUACACCCUGAUGGAGCCAGCGCUUGGGAAGGGCAACGGAGUCACCAUAAGCCGUAGCACUGUGACACCAAGUUGUAAGGCAGAGCCAGAAAAACUAGUGAACCGAGCCUGUCUGACCACAUCCCUCACUGGCCUCCAGAUAUCCGCUGGGGGCUGUGAUGGCACAGGGAUGGCGAAGACCUUUGUGAAUGGGUUACACCAAUGGAAGCUGUGUGCCAUUAGGAUGCCCUGUGGGGAGAGAUCUGAGUGCCCCCAUGGGGGCUCAGACUUCAAGGACAUGGGGCACCCUGGGUGCUGCACUCCAGCACAGGUUCUGACCUGCCCCUGUGCCCUCUGGAAAAGCGUCGGUACAGCCAGACCACAGAAGACAUGGGAAUGUAGUGCAGCAGUCUGAAGGCUCUUAGGGAUCAUUCAUGCUGCCUCCAGCACAGACCACAGCACCACCUGUUCUAACGUCCAUUCCUGGCCUGGCUCCCUCCACAGCUUCUGCCCCCAUGGGCUGCACUCAGCCACAGUAGCAGAGUGCAGCCACACUGCCAGCUCUCCCAAUUCCCCCAGUCUCAUGAGAUCCAUUGCUUCUAGUAAAGACCCAAAUCUUGGAGUCCUGAGAGUCCAGGAAAACUUUGGCUCUGGUUUCAAAUACAGAUUCUGUUUUAAGUCCACAUGGCUGAGAAGAAACCUCCCCAAAGGUUUCCUCCCCUUCCCUCAAAGGACUAUGAGAGCAGGCAGGGAAAUAUAUAAUAAAAAUCA